AUGCAGCAGUGUCGGGUUGUUUCCGGAAUCAAAUCACCUCCCCCCAACCCUGGCACCCCCGCAUCCCCUCUCCCGUUUUUCCAGGCUCCGAACACCGUGGUCGAUGAAUUGUGCCCCGCGAACAAGGCCAAUCGAGCCAAAUACAACGUCCCGCCAGGACAGCUGACAGAGAAUGGCAUGAACCAGGCUCUGAAACUUGGUAACUUCCUCCGCGAGACGUACAUCGAGAGCAUGGACUUCUUGCCACCAACCCUAGGCAGCGGCUGCACGCCGACCUUCAGCUCAUGGCUCAAGUCUGACUCAGCGGCACGUUGUCUGCAAACAGCCCAGGCGAUGGCUAUGGGACUGUUUCCCUACGGUACAGGGCCACCGGGGUUUCCCAACCAGCCGAUGGCGGUGCUGACGGAGCCGAAUCGAUUCGCGAGCCUGCUAGCGGCGCCACACGGACCCUGCUUGGCACAGCAGAAGGCUGACAACGCAGCGUACGACUCAACCAGAGGAGAGGAGCUCAUCCAGCAGUCGCGGAAUAUCACCGACGUCGUCUCACAGGCUUGUGGAGUUCCUACGGAGGCCUACACGAACGUGGACAACGGGAAGGAGGGGCUGGUGCUCGGGGUGAAGGACGUCAGCGACAUGCUAGACUUUGACGAGCAGCAGGGUCUGCCGAGGCUGGCGUCUGUGAGCAAACAAGCACACGAGGACAUGACCCAGCUCGCCUUCACCCUCCUGCAGGAAAGAUACUACUCCAACCGACGACAGCUGCUGUACGGCGUGGCGCACUUCUUGGGCUGGCACUUUGACGUAAAGGGGGCGCCGACGGCUCUGGGCACGUCAUCGAUACCCCCAGCAACUACGAUGGUGUUCGAGCUCCACUACCGUGCACACGAGCAAGCGGACAACGGCACCACGGGAGCAGAGCAAGUACAAGACGAGGCCUCUGCACAAGAGGAAGCAGGGUACUACUACGUCAGAACGUUUACCUGGACACCGGAGUUUGGACAGCGGGAGGUUGUACUGGAUGCGUGCAGCGGCGUCGAGGCUGGGACAGGGUGUCGUUUGACGACCAUUGAAGCAAUCGUGUCGGACAGCGUGCAAGACACGGGCUCGUGGCAAGAAAUCUGCAACGAUGUGCCCUUCGAUCAAGCGGAACAAAUGGCGCAACACAUUACCUUCAGCGAUGAUUUUGCCGAUGACACGGCAGCAACAGACGCCACAGAGGACAGCGGCGGCGAUAUUGUCAGGACCAUGGUCAAGUGGCGUAGGGCCGGAGAGAGAGGGGCAGGUGCUUACGAGGCUGUAGGAUGA